UUUCUGUUAACUAGAUAGAAAGAGAGAGAAAUGAUGAAAUGGUUAAAACGAAAUAGGAAAAUUGACUUAAGUCAACAUCACAGCCACAGCGGUGUUUCCACUCAGCCGCUCAAAAUAGUAGUAACAAGUCGUCAUUCGGAGCGGUACGGGUGUGUAUGGUCAAAACAUAAAAUUGUUCGCGAAGCAACUCUUUACUCGGUCUCAUGAAAAAUGGAAUGGAGUGAAACGGGUUUUUGAAAAAUACAAAAAAAAUCUGCAUUUCGCUAAAUCGAUUUCCGUCCUGCGAUUCAGUGCCGCACUAGACGCAGGUGAAAAUCCAUGGAAAGCCAGCGGAAUUUUUUUAUUUCAUGCGGAUGAAAUAAAACUAUUGCAAAGAGAUUACACAGGCGAUAAAAAAAUUGGCAAGCUCUUCGAGAGCUGAGAAAAGAGAAAGACACGGGUCAAACCAGAAAAAUAACCCCACAAAACGACAACGACCGUCAGGCCAGGUAAAACAACUUCAGUGAAAUUGAUUGAAAACACAAAUAGAAGUGAAUGUAGAAAAUAUGCCGGACAAAACCUCAUCAAAGGUUUCACAUUAGAACCCGUUGGUUUCCCCUUGUGGUGAUUGCCCAAUGAAAGUGUAAGUGAAGAGGAAAAAGUGAAAAACCGAAAUAAGCGAAAUGCACUUUUACGCAACCACACGUAGUGAAUAGUGAUAAUUUGUGCGCAAGGUGGAGUGGAAGAAAAAUUAAACCAUUGGAAAUCAAGAUUACCGGAAAACGAGUGUGAAACAAAGCUAGCGAUUUAACUGCCAACAAGUAAAUUGUUUGUUUUUUCUCGAAUAUAAAAAUGUAUCGUCCGAAUUUUUACGAGUCUACGUGUCUCCGAUGCAACGAGAUCGUCUACCAAGUGGAUCGCGUAGGACCGCUGAAAGAUUUUACAUUUUUCCAUUCCGGUUGCUUCAAGUGUAAAAAAUGCGGAACCAAGCUGACACUGAAAACUUACUACAACAACCAGCACAAUCAGGAUGAUAAAGAGGUUUAUUGCUGUUCCCAUGUACCGAAAAGUGGUCCAGGACAUUUUGAUCAAACAUCCGUUGGUAUAAGGCAAGCACUAAACGUACCUAAGAGCACUAACUACGUCAACGAACAGAUACGAGGUCAUCGAAACGAUAGUAUUGACGGCCUACAGCGGCAAAUGACACCAAAUGGCUUCAACGGAAUCCGCGAAGGUAAUUCACCACCACAGUCCGAUCCAGAUUACAAAUAUGGUCGCUUCGACGCCAGCGCCUUACACAUUGCCCACGCACUCAAGCAGACAGAAAUCCAAAAGGCAUAUGACAAACUGCGAGAAAAACCGAUCGAUUAUUAUUUGGCUCGAGAGGAGCAGGCGAAACUUGAAAUGAAACAUCGGAAGGAAGAAGACGACUUGUACAGAAAAUUCGCUAGGAAACGCGAGGAAGAGGAUAAACGAAUGCAGAGUGAAAUACAGGAUGAAUGGGAACGUGAACUUCAACGGCUUGCGCAUAAAUUCGAGAAGGAAAUGACGACUCUGCGACGUUCAAGGGAAGAUCAGAGCAUGCUGACAUUGAAACAUGAACAACAAAAGGAAGACCUAGAAAAGAACAUGACGAUACGAAAAACAAAGAAAAAAGAAAGUCUGACAAGGAAAUUGCUAGAACACGAACGCUCCGAAACGGCGGCUCUGGUGGACCGUCAAUCUAGUGAAAUGUUAGAGCUAAUCAGCGCAAGGCGUAGCGAAUACAUGCAAACGGAAAGCAUAUUCCUAGAUGAUGAGUUCACUGAAAGUACCAUACCACUGGAAUAUCCGUUGGUUGCACCAAAGCCUGCUCCGCCAGCCCUGAGCAAAUUUCAAAUAUACAAUGAUCCAAUUGAGUUCCAGGAUGUGGACCAGAUUGCUAUCACAGUUGCUCAAGAAGAUCAGAAAACCUUCACAGACCUUGUGCGCCAACUAGUCGGUCGAUGUACAUCGGACAUCGAAAAAGCGCGAACCAUUUUUAGAUGGAUUACCGUGAAAAAUCUUAACACAAUGACUUUCGAUGAUGAGGUUCGCGGUGAUACUCCAAUGGGACUACUGCGAGGAAUAAAAUACGGUACUGAAAGUUAUCAUGUUUUAUUCAAAAGACUCUGCAGUUAUGCUGGCCUUCACUGUGUAGUCAUCAAAGGAUACUCAAAGAGUGCUGGAUAUCAACCAGGAGUUAAAUUUCAGGAUUCAAGUCACCCGAAAAAUUCCAGGUUCCGAAACUCUUGGAACGCUGUCUACGUUGCUGGAGCAUGGCGUUUUGUGCAGUGCAAUUGGGGUGCACGCCAUCUGGUCAAUGCAAAAGAGGCGCCUAAAAGUGGCAAAGGCAAAAACGAUAGCUUACGCUAUGAGUACGAUGACCAUUAUUUCCUAACGGAUCCACGUGAGUUCAUCUACGAGUUCUUCCCACUGCAAGAAGAAUGGCAGCUUUUGAAGCGACCGAUUCCAUUGGCUGAAUUCGAAAAUUUGCCUUUCGUCCGGUCACUAUUCUUUCGAUAUGGUUUGCAUUUUGCAGACGAAGGAUAUGGUGCCGUGGUGUUCACAGAUGACACAGGUGCGGCAACCGUGAGAAUAGCAAUGCCAUCGGAUAUGCAAGGUUGUUUAAUUUUCCAUUACAACCUUAAGUUCUACGACAGUGAAGAAGACUCAUACGACGGAGUAUCGCUGAAGCGUUUUGUCAUGCAAUCUGUCAUAAGCAAUAUCGUAGCAUUCCGUGUGCAUGCUCCAUGCUCGGGAGCUUUUCUGCUAGACAUCUUUGCCAAUGCGGUUACACCGCAAGAGUACCUGACUGGUGAACCAAUGAAGUUCAAGAGCGUAUGCAAAUUCAAGAUCUGCUGCGAAGAGUUACAAACGGUCAUGGUUCCACUACCAGACUGUGCCAGUGGAGAGUGGGGACCAACCAAAGCCACUAGACUUUUCGGGUUAAUACCAAUUACACACCAGGAACCCCUCAUAUUUGCUGGACGGGCAAUCGAACUGCAGUUUAGAAUGUCUCGACCCCUAACAGACUUCAUGGCGACGCUACAUAAAAAUGGAAUAGAAGAAAAAAAGCUAUCCAAAUACGUUCAGCAUAAUGUUAUAGGUGAUACAGUUACGUUCAACAUAAGCUUUCCACAAGAGGGUCAGUAUGGCUUGGAUAUUUACACUAGAGAAGUGGGAUCGAUUACAAAUAAUAAUAAUUCGUCAAACGAGAAACAUCUUUUAACGCACUGUUGCAAAUAUCUGAUUAACUCCUCGAAACGAAAUUGAAUUCGCAGCUUUUGUACCGUUACACCCGUUGGAAUCAUUUGUUAGUUUUUUGUAAAUAUAGAUGAUAGAAUGUUCACAACACAAA